AUGUCUGCACCAGCAACAAGCCGAAAAGACGCAUGCAAGCUUGUGAAGUCUAUUGCCGAAGAUCAUGGAUACGUUCAUGAAGACGACUGGAACUUGAUGCCCUCUGCAGUUCGUGAAAGAGUGCAGAAGGCAUUGAGAAAUUUGGAGGGCAUCGCAGCCGUUGCUGUUUCUACCUUGGCCAAGAAUUUAUAUACGAGCGAUGCGCGAUUUGUAUUUGAGUUGCUGCAGAAUGCAGAAGACAACUCUUUUGAGAAAGCCAUUGAGGCUAACCUGACGCCAUAUGUUUCCUUCGAACUUCAUCCUGAUCACAUCAUCAUCGAAUGCAAUGAAGAUGGUUUCGAGCCCAAGAAUCUCAAGGCCAUCUGCGCAGUUGGUCAAAGCUCAAAGUCAGGAGUGCAAAAAGGAUAUGUUGGUGAAAAAGGCAUCGGGUUCAAAUCCGUCUUCAUGGCCGCGUGGAAGGUCCAUAUUAAAUCUGGUCACUUCAGUUUCUUCUUUCAGCAUAAACGUGGAGACCAGGGAUUAGGGAUGAUUUCACCAGUGUGGGAAGAACCAGAAAAUGAUCAACCACACCCAGGGACGCAGAUGAAGCUGGAACUUGGCGAUGGCUACACGCCGAUUCCAUCCUCUCAGUACCAAAUUAUUCUGGACCAAUUCAGCAGUUUAAAUGAGAGCAUUCUUCUUUUCAUGCGAAAUCUAGGAGAAAUUCGGAUAUCAAUAUUUGAUAACGAAGGAAAUCUGGAAAAAUCAAACACUUUCUCGAAAGAGCGGAUCAAUGCAAAUCUCACCAGACUUACUAAAGUAUCCAAAACAGCCAACAACGUGGAUAGCUCUUUUAAAGACUAUUAUAUUUUCAAGCAUACCGUUGGCAAUCUCGACAAAAAUGAAAACCGAACAUACUCUGAAUACGAAGAAAAGACCAAAGCAUAUGCUACAGCAGAGAUCGUCUUGGGUUUCCCAUUGACUGAGGAAUCAAUACCUAUCGUGGAAUAUCAGGACAUUUUUGCAUUCUUGCCCAUGAAAGAAGUGGGAUUUACAUUUCUUAUUAAUAGUGAUUUUGUGACCCAAGCCAACCGGCAGGACAUCGUGACGACAUCUAGCAGGAAUAUAGGCAUUCGACAAGGAAUAGCCGAUGCAUUUAUCCAGGCUAUCCUUGAAUUUUGCAAUCAUCCUAAGCUGCAAUAUACUUGGAUGAGAUUUUUGCCAAAUAAAGACCAGCACUUUGACGCUUUUUGGUCGCAACUGGUUACGUUACUGGAUGAUAAGCUGAAAGAGACUGCGGUUCUGAGACCACGAAGCGAAACAACUUUUCGUUUAAUAUCUUCUCUCCGCUACUCCGUGGAUUCCCAGCUCGAUCGCCAUGGAGAGCCAUUGUUCAGGGACAACAAUCCGGAAAUGCAUAUUUCGAAACAUUAUGCGAAGGAGGAUGUCAAUAUUCUACGCAACUUUUAUGGCCUAACAGAAUACACCGCGUCCGAAAUUCUACUUGCUAUUUCAUUAGACCUCGGAAUGAGCGAUUCCAGAAUGAAAUCCGAGGAUAUGGACGAUGAUUGGCAUACGAGAUCGGCAAAUUACUUGAGUUACGUAUAUCUGACAGGAGAUGCGUCUAUCCGGUCCAAGCUGCGCAGUUUGCCAUUCCUACCACUCCAGGAUGAGAAAUGGAUUGCAGCUGCGAAUCACGACGUGUUUUUUUCAGAGGCUGGCUCGCUAGAUGUUCCGCCCGAGCUCGACCUAAAUAUAAUCAUCCCAAAAGCCUCGCAAAAUGUCCACCGUCGGCAGCUUUUCAGCCGUUUGGGUGUAAAAGAGGCUGAAGUUUCUUUCCUGCGUCGAUUGAUAUUAAAUAGAGGAACCAAAAUGAAGUGGAUCAAUUCGUCUGUUAAGCAACUCAAGUACAUGUUUUUAACGGACAAGCAUAAACAAAACUCAGAAGACAGUGGAAACAUCUGGAUAGGGGACAGCAACAACACUUGGCGAAGAACACAUCACGUGGAUGUAUUUAUGCCUGACAACAAGCCAUUCGGUCCUUCCAAGCUACUUGAAGAAGCUAAAGACAUUGAUAAUUUAUCCGUCAAGUUUAUCCAUCCGCUCUACAUAAAUGGGGUUUUCGAUGAUGAUGCUAGCUCGCUUACUUCGUGGAAGAACUGGCUAUGCAGCUAUGCUGGGGUACGACGUCAUGUGCGAAUCAUCUCUAAAGAGAAAAGGAACGAACUUUCGAAUGAAUGCCUAUACGUGGCAAAAAAUCAUGCUGAUAAAUUUCUUGGGUUUUUGAACUACAGCUGGGGCCAAGAAAGCAAAGACAUAGAAUCAUCUCCCGCCUUAAUUAAACGGCUUAAGGAAAUACAGGUCCCCUGCCAUGGCGGCCUAUGGUACUCAAUCGGAUCGACAUGGCUCCCACUACCGAAUUUACAAACAGCGUGGGAAAGAUUUUCAAGAGGGCAUGAGACAUUUCCACUUCUCAAACUGGACAGAGAAGUUACGCGCGAGUCCUACGCCAAAGAUUGGGGAUUUCUGGUUUCAUCUCUUGGAGUUGGUACUGAAGAGGACCUGGACUUUUACCUAUCAAUCCUAUAUCAUAUUGUGCGCGAUUUUGAGGAUGAGGGUGAUGAGGACAUAUAUGAUCUUUCCCGCAUAUUUGAACUAUAUGGCGUCAUCUACGGCAAGUACAUUGCAUCUUCUGAUAAUGCAACUAAGGACAAAAUUCGGUAUCUGCUGUAUGUCCCAUGGAGUAAAUAUCCGUAUACUGAUCGACCGUCACCGGCGGAAUGCGUAUGGGACGGCCCUAAAUCUUUGACUAUUAAAGCACCGUUGCUGGCUAUAUAUAAAGCCAUACCAGUUGAAAAUUUAUCAACUAUCACCCCUUUUUUUACCGAAGUGCUUGGUAUAGGCAACUACGACGAGAAAAUAUUAUGCGAUCAGCUCGAUGAUCUAAGAGAGUCAGGUUCAAACGAUUUUGACAGAAUCAAGAGUCUCUACAUUUCGCUCCGGGAAUUGUUGGGCAAAAAGACGUCGAAUGAAACUAGGGAACUAAUAAGAAACUUUGCGAGUAAAGCUCUGAUUUAUACAAAGUCCGAUGAAUGCUGGAAUACAGUUUCACAGUGUCUGUGGUCCUGUGCAACGACUAUUCGCAGCAAGAAAGUUCUAGAGAGCGACUACAAAGAAAUGAGAUCCUUUUUCGUCGGUAUUCUGGGUGUAGAGACACUCAAUCUUGGGCUGAUAUAUACCGAGCUCUCGAAACUGGGAGAAUCGACACCCACGGUUGAGUUGGUGAAGGAACAACUGUUUGCUUUCAGAGAUCACUUGAACACUAUAAGGGAUUAUCCGGACGUCAAACCGGAUUUAAUGAGGAAAUUCAAGAUUUUCCCGGUCAGACAGCCUGGCAUCAACCAGAAUAUACAGUUUUGUGACGGGAAUGCAGAGUUCGCGAUAGCAGACAGGCGUCCUCUGGAAGAUAACUUUCGGCAAAAAAUCAGAACAUUGGGUUUCACUUUUGACGAAAUCCAUGCCUUAGGUCCUGUCAUCAGAUGGUUGGGUCUUGAAGAAAGAUAUCUCUCACGUCUGGUCACAGAAACUUCAAAGGUCGAAGAGAGUGACCGUGUCUUGAACUACUCUCUGAGUCGUAACAUCGAAUCGAGAGCGCGUGCUCUGUGCCGGGUUGCCAAACACUUUAACAGCCCAAAAUGGCGUACAACAGAGGAAUUUCAAGAACUGUACGACAUGCUUAAGAAGGCCAAAGUGUUUGAGACAGAUAAAAUAUCCUGCCUACAGAUCGUACAACAAGGCGGCAAGCAAUAUUCGCAUGAGAUAAGUCGCAGCGAGUUUCAUUUAGAAGAGACUGACGUGGGUCUCGAUAUUUUUGUCCCCCAAGAAAAGAAGUCUCAAGCACUCUGCCUCGCCCGCGCUUUGCCAGCACGACUGUUUGAAUGGAUGACAACAGUUCCUUCUACGAAAAAUUCCAGCUCUAUCAAUGACCGAAGUCAUUCACUAGUGAAGGAUAUUUUAAAAGAAGACUCUGACAUCUAUAAUCAGAUUCUUCUUGCAGAAGGAAUAGUCGAUAUCGACAUAGAAGACGAAGACGUUUCCGAUGAAGAAGACUCAACUACAGCAAGUUCGGCAAGGGGGGAAGCCUCCGAAACAUAUGGUUCAACUGAAUUUGGAUCAAAUAUGGCGACACCCUUGACUGAUAUUUCCUCUCCAAGGAUGGAUUUUGAUCAAGACGAGAUACUACCUACUGUUGCACAUCAAGCUAUCAUUGGUGCCAACAGCCGCUUUGCCUCUUCGCGGAGUGCCACUAGAGUUCUUAUACAAGAAACGCCAUCAAAUGCCUCAGCAGGUAAUAUUGAACUAUCUACCUCUAUACGGAGAGAAGCUAUUUCGGCUAGCAUUGGGUAUACGGGUUUAUUAAGCCAGGUUGUCUCUGCGGCACGAAGAGCGUCAUUUCCCACAAAGGGUAUUUUCGACCUGGACGCCCUUCGAGAAUCUUUGCCAUCAGUUGCGGCCACCAAUUCCAAUUUGUAUGAAACCGACGGUAGCGAAUUUAACUCCGCCCUCGGCCUUCCACAGAUGGAAAGAGACAAGAUGAUCGGGGCUGCUGGAGAGCUAUAUGUAUUUGAACUUCUUAAAGCGUGCAAUCCCUCACUACCAAACUUUGGUGUAGAUAACUGGAAGAGCAGGAUUCGGUCGUACGCGAGGAAGCAUCCGGAGUAUGCAACUAUGGAGCCUUGGCACGGCAUCGAGACAUCCGACCUUGUCUAUCAUGACAGUAUGGGAGCAUUUACCAAGCUGCUAAUAGACAAGUGUUACUUUGAUGCUAGUACAUGGGGAAAUAGGAGACCAAAAUAUCACUUUGAGGUAAAAACGACAGCUUCCUCCUGCGAGACUCGCUUUUUCGUGAGCAAGAAGCAGUACAAAAUGGUACGGGCCCCUCAAUUGAUGUAUUUUACUGGGAUUAAAUGCUAA